CGCCCCGGAAGCGUUUCUAGGUGACGGCCGCCCCGUCCCGGCAGUGUCGCGGCAGCAGCAGCCGAGCGGGAGCCGCUAUGGAGCACAUCCGCACCACCAAGGUAGAACAAGUGAAAUUACUAGAUAGGUUCAGCACGAGCAAUAAGUCUCUGACGGGAACUCUAUACCUCACAGCAACACAUCUGUUAUUCAUAGAUUCAAGCCAGAGAGAAACGUGGAUAUUACAUCAUCACAUUGCAGCUGUGGAAAAACUUCCCUUGACUACAUCUGGCUGCCCCCUUGUCAUCCAGUGCAAGAAUUUCAGGAUAGUUCACUUUGUUGUUCCCAGAGAAAGAGAUUGUCAUGACAUCUAUAACUCUUUGCUUCAGCUGUCAAGAACAGCAAAAUACGAAGAACUAUAUGCCUUCUCCUAUAAUCCAAAACAAAAUGAAUCAGAGCAAGUCAAAGGUUGGCAGCUUAUUGAUCUAGCAGAAGAAUAUAGGAGAAUGGGAGUGCCAAAUGCUAACUGGCAGUUGUCUGAUGCAAAUCGUGAUUAUAAGAUUUGUGAAACCUAUCCUAGAGAACUUUAUGUUCCCAGAACUGCAAGCAAACCCAUAAUUGUUGGCAGCUCCAAGUUCAGAAGCAAAGGAAGAUUCCCAGUGUUGUCAUAUUAUUAUAAAAAUAAAGAGGCUGCAAUUUGCAGAUGCAGUCAACCUCUCUCAGGUUUCAGUGCCAGGUGCCUGGAAGAUGAGCACAUGUUGCAAGCCAUCAGUAAAGCAAAUCCUUCAAAUCGCUACAUGUACGUCAUGGACACCAGGCCAAAGCUUAAUGCAAUAGCAAACAGAGCUGCUGGUAAGGGCUAUGAGAAUGAAGACAACUACUCUAACAUUAGGUUCCAGUUUGUUGGCAUUGAAAAUAUUCACGUAAUGAGAUCCAGCUUACAGAAACUUCUGGAAGUCAGUGGCACAAAAGGUUUGUCUGUCAAUGACUUUUUGUCUGGUUUGGAGAAUUCGGGAUGGUUGCGUCACAUCAAAGCUGUGUUGGAUGCUGCUGUCUUCCUAGUGAAGGCAGUAGCGGUUGAGAGCGCAAGUGUAUUGGUGCAUUGCUCGGAUGGCUGGGACAGGACUUCCCAAGUCUGCUCUCUUGGAGCUCUCUUGCUAGAUUCCUAUUACAGAACAAUCAGAGGAUUCAUGGUCUUGAUAGAGAAAGAUUGGAUCUCUUUUGGGCACAAGUUCUCCGACAGGUGUGGUCAGUUGGAUGGUGAUCCAAAAGAAAUCUCACCUGUGUUCACCCAGUUUUUGGAAAGUGUGUGGAAUCUGACUGAACAGUUCCCACAAGCCUUUGAAUACAAUGAAGCUUUCCUCCUUCAGAUCCAUGAACAUGUCCAUUCCUGCCAAUUUGGUAACUUCCUUGGGAACUGCCAAAAAGAGCGAGAAGAAUUAAGAUUAAAAGAAAAGACUUAUUCCCUGUGGCCGUUCCUUCUGGGUGAGCAACAGAAAUACCAGAAUCCUCUGUAUAAUCCAGACUUUUCUCCAGAACUAAGUCUUUUGGAGCCUAAUACAGUAUCAUUCAAUUUUAAGUUUUGGAGAAAUAUGUACCAUCAAUUUGAUCGAAGUAUGCAUCCCAGGCAAUCUGUGCUCAAUCUUAUAAUGAACAUGAGUGAACAAAAUAAACAGCUGGAGGAAGACAUUAAAGAACUGGAAGCUAAAAUAAAACGGAGAAACGGGCAGCCAGAUGCAGCUCUUGUGAAAGAACAGCAGCAGCCUGCACAUCCUGCUCCCACGGCACUGAAGACCCCUCCGUGCUUCAGGAAGGAGCAGCCCCUGCUCCCUGUCAAUGAUGCUGUAAGAACUAUAGAGGGCAGCAACACAGCAGACAAUCGCUACAGUGAAUUCGUGGAAGAAUUCUCGAAAGCUGAGCCUGCUGUUGUCAGCUUGGAGUUUGGAGUGGCCAGGAUGACCUGCUAAGUAAAUCUGGCACUGUGCUCCUCUUCCAGACUGAUUGAAUUAAGAAAUGGAUUGUUUUGAGGAUGGGUCUGUGCUGCAUGACCAAAACAUGAUUUGUAUAUCAGCAAAUUUCAUUAACAUAGACUAGAACAGCAUGCUAGUUGUCAAGUGUUUGCUGUUCUGUUAAGGAAUAAAAAGUGCUAGCUGUCUUUUAAAAGAAGUAGGGGCAUUUGGUAAGUAGCAACUGAAAAUCAAGGAAUGGCAUGUCUUUGGAGUGAAGACAGUUUGCACUAAAUUCAGUAUAGGAAAACCCAAGUGGUCUUUCAUUAAUUGAUUUGUGCAAGAAAACUUGAACUUUCUAUUUUAGGAACUGAAGCUACGUGUAUAUAUCACAUGCUAUGAAUAUGUAUACCCUUGUUUAAUGUCACACAGUACUAACUUUGAGUUUAUUAAGUGCCAUGAAAAGUAUGAAAUGGUUCAAAUCGUAAAUAGUUGGCCUUAAACCUGUCAAAUUAAUGCUAUUGUUGUCCUUUACUAUUGCAGUCUACAUGACUCUGUUUACAUUGUAUUUGCUUAAAUUAUUUCCUUAAAACAGGACCGAAUAUGAGGAAGGAAGCAUGCCUAAGCUGGCACAAACUUUCAGCAAAUAACUGUAUGAAUGUUAACUUACCACUGAAGACUGUUCUGCCUUCCAUUUCCUCUGUUGUUUAAAACAUAAUAGGUUGGCCUCAUUUUCCUUUCUGGCAGCUCAGUUGACUGAGCAUCACUGAAGCUGUGGGUUGUCUGACCUUAGAGGUUUUGAUUUGUGACAAGGUAUUGAAGUGGUACAGUCAAUCGUGUCAUGUAAGGAAACUAAAUUUAGCCAAUAACUGAAUAGUCAGGUUCAUUUGGAUUAAUUACUAGUGUGCAGUUGUUCUGGUUGCAAGAAUGGAAGAAGUUUUAGAAGUGUAAUCUACUGACCCUGUCACUAAGUAAAAGAAGUUAUGUGUGAAGCUUGUGAGAAAGUGAGUGCCUCCUAAAUCUUUCAUUAGAAGAAAAUUUUAGUUACUAGUGAACUCCCCUUUUCUUCUUCCAAAAGUUGUCCAACUUGUGAAUGUUUUAAGUAUGGAGAUUUUUAUAUAAACAGACAGAGGGCAAAAACUUCUAGCAGGAUGCAGUAGAGAUCAUGGGACAUAAGAAACAAGUGGGAAACUUAGCUUUGUAAGCCUAGUGACAUAUCCAUUACCUUCUACUAGGGGAAAAGGUUCUUGCUGAAGAUUGUAUGAUAAUGGAUUUUCUAAGCAGAUAACAGAACAAGGAAAUAAAGUGCUGGUGCCUCUCUCUUAAGUAGAGGUAUUAGGAUCCUGGGGUAUGAGGGUUGAUUAAUGCUACUGACCUUUUGUCUCUGCUCUUAAAUAAUUUUUGAUGACAAGUGAAAAUGAGUUUGUUCUUAUUCUGAUCCCCAAGACUCUUGUUAAAAUGCUGGUGUGCCACACAAUUUGACAUUAUUGGCACCAUUUCCCUCUGCACCAUAUUGGGUCCAGGACUGUAUUAACAAGGCCAGUAUAAGUCAUGAUCAAGUUGUACUUGUGAAGUUGUCUGGGAGAAAUUAACCAUGACUCCUUUAUUUGAGUGUUAGUUCACCCAUUUCACUAAUUGGUUUUUUUUAGAGCCUAUAAUAAACCUAAAAAAGGUUCAUAAAUAUGUUUAUCCCUGAAGAUGUUAUCAUAAUAUCAUAUUUAAAAUACAUUAUCCAGUCAUUUAAACAUAUUUAGAAUUUCUUCACUACAGGUUUUGAUAGUUUCACGUUUGUAUAGUGGUGCCUUACAGGGUUGCAGCAAGAGGUUUUUGUGCCUUGUUGUUUGUCUCCCCUUCUCCCUCUCUGUAUCAACUUGGUUCUGUGGCUUUCAUGUGGAAAAAUAUCUUGUAUAUUAAGCUAAUAUUGUAUCACAGUAGUGAAAUUUACUGCUGAUAAUACAGCUAAUUUAAUCCAUUUGUACUUGUUUUAAUAUUUAGCUGCUCUGUUGUGCCAUGUACACUUUUCAUAUUUAUUGUUUAAAGUUUAUAGACUAAAGAUUAUAUUAAGCUUUUCUGCAAAUGUUGCUGUAUGCUGUUUUUACUUUAACAACCUUCUGAGUGCCCCUGUAUACAAGGCAUUUGAAGAGAAGUUCUGUUCCCUUUCAGUACUGCUAAAAUGAGUUUUAUUGCAGUCUUCAGGCCUUUUUCAUUGGCAGAGUUAACUUAUAAAAAUGCAUCCCAAUUCCUUUUGCUAUUAAAUCAAGGUAGGCAUGUUAGGUCAGCUUUAAAAUGCCAUCAAGCUUUCUGCUUGGACAUAGAACCUGUUUCUUCAAAAUGAAAACAUAAUACUUCCUGAAGUAAACAUUUUAUUCUGGCUAAUAUUUGAAUAGAGUUUUAUAAGGAUAUUUUGUAGAGCUGUCUUACAAAGUCCAGAUAGCUCUGCCAACUCAGCCCCCAGUCAGGGAAGUUCCUGUAGAGAGGCAGCUGUCUCCUCUCAUUUGCUGUUCGGGCUUAAACCAGAACUACAUAACGCACAUGGGAUUUGUGGUGAAGUGAAGUAAAUAGAUGGUAGCAAAGUUAGCUCCUACAGAAACCUGGGCAAGAUGGCCAGGAUUUAGCACAAUGGGGCUGUUCUUUGUCCUUCCAGAAGGGUUUAAAAAACAUCAAGCAGGUUGACUAAAAAUCUGUGGCAGAGGUAUUCUGGGGCCAUGAGGAGUUUUAAUUGUUAUUUUGGUGAAAGAAUCCUAGAAUGGUUUGGGUUGAAUCAUCCAGUUCCAACCCCUCUUGUAGGGGCAGGGACACCUCCCACUAUACUCAAAGCCCCAUCCAACCUGGCCUUAAGCACUUCCAGGGAUGGGACACCCUCAAUUUCUCUGGGCAACAUGUGCCAGUGUCUCACCAGCCUCACAGGAAAGAAUUUCUUCCUAAUGUCUAAUCUAAAUCUAUCCUUUUCCAGUUUAAAGCCAUUCCCCUUCAUCCUAUUGCUCCAUGGCCCCAUAAAAGACCCUCUCCAGCUUUUCUGUAGUCCCUCUUCAGGUACUGAGCCUUUCUUCAUCAUGAAUGUGCUGCUUCAAGGACAGAUACAUUACUGAAAGGUCUCUGAAACAGAUCAAAAUAGUGAGCAGAACUCCUGUCAUGUUGCAGCUUUACUGUCUAUUUGGAACACUGACUGGGUUGCUUGGGAAUACAAUGACCCAGAUAGAAAGUUGCUGUAGUUGAUUUUGAUCCAUCAGUUGCAAGCCUUUGGCACCUGUCAACUCUGUGCUUCAUCUUGAGAAAGUCUAGGUAAAGUUUAGGUGUUUUCUGUUUUGUGCUGUUCUUGAGCUUUUCUCUCCAAUCUAAAUGCUACAAAAGAGAAAUAAUUCCUUUUAAUUAACCAAGCUGAUAGUCUCACUUGAGCAACUACAACUGAUUUCACUUUUGUAAUCCAGGUGAUUUGAAAUAUUUCUUCCAGUGUUAUCAAAAGAGUUUGGCUUAUUUUUGAGAGGCUUCCUUUUGUCAUAAUGUGUUCUUCCACCCAAGUUUAAAUAUCCACCUGUUCUGUUUUGCAUGAUGACUGCCAAAUAAACAGACUCAGAAAUUAAUUAAGCAACACUGAACUGAGCCCAUGCAUUUAUCCACACAUGUCCAAUUACUAGUGACCUAAAUCUAGGGCAAAAGCCUGAAGUCUGGAGGGCAGAGAAGUGGAACAGCAAUCUUUCCAUAAAACUGCACAUCCCUGUGUGGAACGAAUGCCUUAAUAUAGUGUUUUAGAGGGAAUUCUAUCACGAAUCAAACUGGGAUGGCUUUAUAUGUCCCUUCCUCAGGAUAAGGGCACUGGGAAAGCCUGUCUGAGAAACUGAUGUGUUCUUCCUCUGUAGCUGCUGUUUUCCUAAGGCCUUUUGAUAACGUAACACAUCAGCAACUCUCUGGGGACUUUCUGCUCCCAUUCUGGUAAACUAAGCACAUAACUGGAUGUACAGUUGGGCUGAAAUGGUGCUGGGGUAGCUUGGCUUAACUACUAUCCUCCUAAAGAAGUGAUAUAAAUAAUAUAAAGAAAUUUGAUGCUAAAAUAGCACAGGACACAUGCUACCAACAUCUGUUCUUUAGAGUCCUGCCCUGCUCUUGAGCAAGCAUGGCUAGCAUGAAGGCCUCACAUAAGCAUGAUGAUUGCUUUCUAGAUAGUUUAAUCUGAUUUCCAACUAGAUAAUCCAUCCACAGUGGCAAUUUAUAGAUCUUUAGGUCAUAACUUAAAGGUUGCUCUUAAAACUCUUGUUUAGUUGCUUAUAGUUCUAAACCUGUAGCUGAUCAUAGGCUGAGUACACUGCUUGUGAAAUGUGUAUUAGCCUUUGGGAUUAGGUCUUUAGACUGAAGUCUGCUUUGACUUCUUUCACUGUUUCUGCCACAUGGUCUCGCAAGCCUUGCUUAUUGUGGUUCUUGAUAGCUCUCAGAUGUAACAACCUUCUUAAUGUUUUGGAUGUUUCAAAAACCUGGAAGUAGUGCACCCUUCUCCUGCUAUCCUGAAGGCUGGUAUCAGCUUUAGUGAACAGCAUGGGUGAGCUGAUGUUUGAUCUAGCUAGCUUGACCUGCCUACAUGUAAAAUAGCACUGAAAAUCAGCACAGCAUUUUAAUUCAGUGCUGUAGCUUCUGUAUGCACAAUAUGCUUACGGAAAAGGAUGUAGCUGGGGACCCUUGUCAUAGCAUGCAGCAAGGAACAGAGCCCUGCUGGGGUAUGAGCUGUCAAAAGUAGGUGCAGUGGAGCUGUUGUGAUGUCCAGCAGUGGCUCAGGGACUUGAAGUGGAAGGUCAGAUGCAUGCUGCUUCUGAGAGCAGGUCCCAGAGAAUUCAAUGACCUGGUCUAUUAAAUGUAGCUGAACAAUUCUGCACUGGCAUGAAGCAACAGAAAAUGUAUAUGGAUCUGUGGUUUUUUUAACUACUGGCUUUGAGUACUCAAUGCCCUUGUGGUGACUUUGAAAUUGGGGUUGCAGUAUUUUGUUCUUUUGUAUACAGUAACUUGAGGUCAGUUGUAUGUUUAUAAUUAAGUGGAAUUAUAGUUUCUGACACCUCACUGUGUGUUUCCCAUCUGAAUGACAAGGUUAGCAUGUACAUAUCAAGCUUUAUACCCACAUAGAUUUCUGCUGAAUGCUUUUCUUUCAAGUAUGCAGCCUUGGUGAAGUCCUGUGCUGCCCCACAAAGGCAUUCCUCAUUACCUAGCAUUUCAGAUUUGUUUCCUUGCUCUGUCUUACUGUCACUAUUCAGUUCUACAGUUUAUUUUUAUGGCUGUCUGUCAGCAGUGUCCCUUGACAAACAUCUUCCCAUCAAAGAAAAUGGGUUUUUUCUUUUCCUGUCUCUCAGGGACUUCUACCCCUGAGCUGCUGAACUUGAAAAACACUGCUUGUUCUUUUGGGGCUUCUGAGUGCCUGUUUACUUCCACAGUUGGUUUACUUACACAUUUUAACUUCAGGUCUGGCUAUUAAAGAAUAAAUUUAAAAAGGAUAAAAUUUUGGGUUUUGGGUGUGGCAAAGGGAAAGAAAACUGUUUUCAUUGCAAUGUAUCUGUAAAGACUACCUGUUUCACUGGCAUUUACUGCUCUGUGUAAUGCUCUCUGUACAAAGCCAUUUACCUGUGUGCUGGGAACAUGCUUGAUGUGUAUUCCUGAAGAAACUUUAACAAAUGGAAUUUUGUACUAAGUAUUUUAUUUGUAUGUGUUUUGAAAAUCCAUAAAGCUUAAAAUAAAAUUAUCUUAACAUUGCCAA